AUGGUGGGCCUCUCCUUGACGAAGAUCAGCCUGGCUAAGGUGCUCUACGUGCCCUGGAUCCUCAAGGUCCUGUGGGCGCCCCUGGUGGACCAGUACUGGACCAAGAAGACCUGGCUGGUGCUGAGCCUGGGGGGCUUGGCCCUGGCCUGCCUGGCCUGCUCCACCCUGACCCCCGAGGCCCAGUUCCUCCCCGUGGCCGCCGCCCUCCUCUGCAUGAACUUCUUCGCCUCCCUCCAGGACGUGGCCGUGGACGGGGUGGCCGUCUGGCUCCUGGGGGAAGAGGAGGUGGGCUACGGCAACACCGUCCAGGUGGUGGCCUACAAGCUGGGCUCGGUGGCGGCGGGAGGGGGCCUCCUCUCCUUCCUCCACCUCUUGGGCUGGGGGCCGCUCUUCUGGUCCCUGGCCGCCGUCUACCUGCUGGCCAUUCUGUACACCUGGCGCGCGGAUCUGCGGCUGCAGCGCCCUUCGCGGGAGGGCCAGGCCCGGAGCCGGACUUUCAACCCCUGGCGGAUCCUGCGGGGGCUGCUCCAGGUGCCGGGAACCCCCUGGACCGCUGGCUUCGUGCUCAUCUAUAAGAUAGGUGAACAAGGGGCCACCUCCAUGUUCCCCCUCUUCCUCUUGGACCGCAGCUUCUCUCCUCAGAAGCUCGGCUUCUGGAACGGGAUCGUGGCCACGCUCUUCUCCAUCGCCGGUUCCUCACUGGGCGGCCACCUGAUGGCAAGGCAGAGGCACCCGUUGGCACUGCUGAAGGGCUUGCUGUCGCUCCGCGUCUGCGGCCUGUUCUUCCAGACGCUGCUGACGGCCCUCUACAAAGACAAAGUGUCCGUGUUUGAAGCGGCUGCGGUGGUGAGCCUGUGCACCCAGCACUUCAUUGCCGGGGUGGUGACCACGCUGACGUUCAGCCUCAUGAUGCACUGCACCCAGAAGGCGGACGAGAGCAUACAGGCCACCCACUACAGCUUCCUGGCCACGCUGGAAGUCCUAGGCAAGCUGCUCUUCAGCACCCUGGUGGGGAGCCUCGUGGACUGGCUGGGCUUCACCUCGUCCUUCUGCGUCUUCCUCUCCCUCUCCUUCACUUCGCUCUUGUAUACGCUGCGCCUGCAAGCCUCCCCGGCGGGAAGUUGA